AUGAACCGAGUACAAACAAUUUACAUGCUUUCAAUUAUAGCCAUUAUUAUUGCCUUCUACACUACUUCAGUCGCCUGCAGCAGUGCCGAGGAGAAGAAAGAGGCUGAAAAGAACAACAAGAUGGAGGCGGCCAAAAGACAACAAAGCAACCAAGCCAUGGAAGCCAACCCUAACGCCAAGCAAGGAAUGGCCAACCCGAACAACAAGGAAGAGUGCAUCUGCAGCAAUGGAAACUGCGAGAAGAGCAACUGCCCCUCAUGCAGCAAUGGAGGUUGCACCGACGAGAACUGCCAAAAUGAGUGCUGCAAGGAAGGUCCCUGCGGUGACAAGGACUGUGGCAAGAAGUGCGCUAGCGGCUGUGCCCCAGGCGAAUGUAAAGAUGGAAACUGCGGCAAAGCCAAUUGCCAGAACGGUAACUGCGGAGCACAUGCCAAGGACUGCCAGGACAGCAACUGCAACGGGGAAUGCAACAAAACUGGCCAGAACGAGCCAGCCCGCAAGUAA